GCAGGGCCAGUCUUUGACACAAACAGAAAUACUAGUACUUAGUAUAUGAGAGAAUUGAAAACUUAUGGGUUUCAUAUUUUAAUAAAUAUUAUCAAAAGAGACGGUGUACCAACGAAAACGACGUUGCUUUGUUUACAGUUAGUGUGUGGAAACCCUAAACCCUAUUACUUUCUGCAGAACAUCAUUUUUUUUCCCUACUAUUCUUUCCCUUCUUUGGAUAUUGUAAUCGUCCAAAUGAUCGGAAAUCCAAUAGCUAAACGAGUUUCAAAUCCCUCAACCAGACAGGCUUUUUUUCUAUCAUCAUCUCCUUUCUCCACUUACUCCGGCGGCGGCGGCGGCCAGGGCCGUGGCCGUGGCCGUGGUGGCCCAAUCUCCGGUCCUGGUCAAUUCGACUUUACUGCACCGUCUAAGCCCGACACUAAUGAUUCAAAAACUGAGUCUUCAGAUCGACCGCAGCAACCAGCAGGAAUCGGUCAUGGCCGUGGUAGGCCUCCAAUUCUCCCUGCCUUUUCCUCCUUGAUUUCCUCCUUAAAAACCUCUAUAUCCGCCACCGGGCGCGGCCGUGGGAAUCUGCCUUCCGCCGUAGAAUCUGGCGUUGGCCGUGGAAAGCUGGAUAAGCCAGUUGCUGCUCCAACAAAUCAAGAAGAUGAAGAGAACCGUCAUAUCCGUUUUCGUCCAACGGUAGAACCCGGCGUUGGUCGUGGAAAACCGGAUAAGCCGGUUGCUGCUUCAACAAAUCAAGAAGAUGAAGAGAAUCGUCAUAUCCGUUUUCGUCCCACGGUAGAACCCGGCGUUGGUCGUGGAAAAACGGAUAAGCCGGUUGCUGCUUCUACACAGCAAAUAAAGGAAGAGAACCGUCAUAUCGGAGCUCGUUCCACGCCCAGGCCUAGGACUGUCCCUUCCAGAAAAGGACUCGAGUCCGAUAAGCCCAAAGUUAGCCUUGAGGAGGCAACGAGAAGGGCGGUAUCUAUCCUAGAGCAGGGUGAGGAUGAUGGAGGUGGCGGAAUAGGGCGUGGAAGGGGUAGUAGGGUAAGAGGUAGAGGGAGGGGGAGAGGGAGAGGAAGAUGGGAUCAGAGAGGGAGAAUGGAGGAUUCGGAGCCAGAAUUUGCUACAGGUCUGUUCUUGGGAGACAAUGCUGAUGGUGAGAAGCUGGCGGAAAGGGUUGGUGUUGAGAAUAUGAACAAAUUGAUUGAAGGAUUUGAAGAAAUGAGUGAAAGAGUGCUGCCUUCGCCUAUGCAGGAUGCCUAUUUGGAAGCCUUGCAUACUAAUUAUAUGAUUGAAUUUGAGCCCGAGUAUUUGAUGGGAGAGUUUGAUCAAAAUCCAGAUAUUGAUGAGAAGCCGCCUUUACCUCUCCGAGAUGUGCUGGAGAAGGUGAAGCCCUUCAUAAUGGCAUAUGAUGGAAUCCAAAGUCAAGAAGAGUGGGAGGAAGUUGUUGAAGAAACAAUGAAGAAUGUCCCAUUAUUGAAAGAGAUUGUGGAUUACUACAGUGGACCUGACAGGGUUACGGCAAAGAAACAACAAGAGGAGUUAGAAAGAGUUGCUAAAACUAUUCCUGCAAGUGCACCUGCUUCUGUGAAGCGCUUUGCUGAUCGUGCGGUUCUUUCCCUUCAGAGCAACCCUGGCUGGGGAUUUGACAGGAAAUGUCAGUUCAUGGAUAAGCUUGCGAGGGAGGUUAAUCAGUGUUACAACUAAAGGCUCUUAAUUUACAAUCAUGAUUUUUCCCCCAGUAUUUUCAAUUCCUGAGAUCAUGGAUUACUAUUGCAGGUUAUUUACACUAUUUUCUUAGACAGUGUAUAAUUCGUUUUGACAGUUAGUGUUGUUUAGAAUUUGCUGCUUGUGUCUACACAUGUAAUAAUUCAAUAAAGUUUCCAGUAAGAAGUUUUAGUGCAUGAUAAUAAUCCUCUUUCCUGCUGUUUAACUGAUCAUGCUUGCUAUUCGUGUCGACUGCACUCUAUUUGUGAUUCGAAGCAGUAGGGGGCUGAUCCAAUCUUAAGACUUGAAAUUCAUUGUAAACUUGUGUUCUAUUUCAUAUCUUCUUUGUUGGUGCUA